UCAGCCCCCUCACCCCUCGCUGCCCGCCACCCGGGCCGGGCCGAGGAUGCGGCGCAGCGCCUCGGUGUCCAGGCUCGCUCCCCUCCAGCUCGCUUGCUAACUUCCCUGCUCCAUCUCUGUCCGCCAGCGGGGCCGCCCCGUCGCCCCGCGCUCUCCCGGUCGGGUCCUUCAGGCGCGCCGGGCGCAGCAUCCGUGUGCCCCCUGCUGCCAGUCGGCGCGCCCGCGCUCCCCGCCCGCUCCCUGUGCCAGCGCCCCGUCCGCGCCCGAUCAUGCUGCCCCUCUGCCUCGUGGCCGCCCUGCUGCUGGCCGCCGGGCCCGGGCCGAGCCUGGGAGACGAAGCCAUCCACUGCCCGCCCUGCUCCGAGGAGAAGCUGGCGCGCUGCCGCCCCCCCGUGGGCUGCGAGGAGCUGGUGCGCGAGCCGGGCUGCGGCUGUUGCGCCACUUGCGCCCUGGGCAAGGGGAUGCCCUGCGGGGUGUACACCCCCCGCUGCGGCUCGGGCCUGCGCUGCUACCCGCCCCCAGGGGUGGAGAAGCCCCUGCACACGCUGAUGCACGGGCAAGGCGUGUGCAUGGAGCUGGCGGAGAUAGAGGCCAUCCAGGAAAGCCUGCAGCCCUCUGACAAGGAUGAGGAUGAGCACCCCAACAACAGCUUCAGCCCCUGCGGCGCCCACGACCGCAGGUGCCUGCAGAAGCACUUCGCCAAAAUUCGAGACCGGAGCAACAGUGGGAGCAAGAUGAAGGUCGUCGGGGUGCCGCGCGAGGAAGCCCGGCCUAUGCCUCAGGGCUCCUGCCAGAGCGAGCUGCACCGGGCCCUGGAGCGGCUGGCCGCCUCACAGAGCCGCACCCACGAGGACCUCUACAUCAUCCCCAUCCCCAACUGCGACCGCAACGGCAACUUCCACCCCAAACAGUGCCACCCGGCUCUGGACGGGCAGCGCGGCAAGUGCUGGUGCGUGGACCGGAAGACAGGAGUGAGGCUUUCAGGGGACCUGGAGCCAAAUGGGGAGCUGGACUGCCACCAGUUGGCUGACAGCUUCCAUGAAUGAGCCCUACCAGCAGGCGGGGGGUUCCGUGCCCCCCGCCACCCCUUCCCCUGGAGGCUGCAGAGCUGACGGGGAGCCUGGGUCUGAGUCCUGGCUCUGCCUCUGGCCCAGAAGUUUCCAUCAGGGUGUGUGUGUUGUGUGUGUGACUGUGUGUGUUUAUGAGCAUGGAUGUGCCCUUGGGGUGAGCCGGAGCCUGGGGGUGUCCUCUCUGGGCUUAGAGAGCCUGAGAGGUCUGAGAGUGGCAAUGGGGAGCCCUGGUAUAUUUCCACAUUGAUCCUGGAUUCAUUCAUUCAUUCAUUCAUUCAGCCAUCUAAAGACAUGUAUUGACUACAUAUUACGUGCCAGCUCUGGUUUUCAGCCCUGGGGGCUCUUAUUCUGACUUCCGGUGACUUGGACACAAGGGGCUGCCUCCUGCAGGAUGAGCACAGGUCUUGGGAGAAGUCCCAUUCCCAUAAUCAGAGGAGGAAAGUAGGCGUGUACCUUGACCAUCAUCCCGCGCCUCAAUCUAGUCAUGGAGUGGAGGCCGUAGGGAAGGUGUAGGGUAGCAGAUGGCUGGAGGGUCAGGAAACCAGACCUACCCCCAAAGCCAAGGGCUGCCAGGCUCCGCCUCUCUCCCUGCAGAGACAAGCCUACUCUUGGGUUGGGUGUAGUGCCAUCUGCUUAAUUGCCUGGCAACUGAGUCCCAGCUUGUGCAGCAUGGAAGAGGGUCAGAGGGAGGCCUGAAGAACAGGGGGCCGGGCAGUGGGGCCCAUGUCUGAGCGGUUGGGGUGCGAGGAAAGAAUGUGUGAUGGGACUGCAUGCGCCUGAUGGAGAAAAGGACCAGUGUAUUGGGGUCAGGGCGUGGGGAUUGCCUGGGCUCUUGCUUCCUCCCGUUUGUGGUCAGAGCCAUGAAAUCAGCAGGAUGACUCUGUCCUCCAGCGGCUCACAGCCUGUGGCUCCGCCUCCCGCUCCACACCUACUCCCCCGAGCCUCCCUCCCCCACUCACUGCCUCCUGGGCAUCUCUGGCUGGACUGGGUGGAAGGAGACUUAGGGACCUACCAGUUGGCCAUAAUGUCUUGUCUUUCUUUCUUUUUUUUAACAAAACAGGACAAAACAAAAUAAAAAAUGCUAGACG